AUGGAAAAACACGUCGUUGAAGAAAAGGUGCUUGAUGCUUCCAUCGACAAGGAAGAUAACACCCCUGAUCCAAUCGAGCGAGGAGAAGAUCAUGACAACGACGACGCCAACGGUGGUGAUGCAGCACUUGCCAACGCAUCAUGGCAAUUCAAGUUGAUUGCCCUUGCUACGGCACUCAUGCUUCCUAUCGGAUCACAUUUUUCUGCCACUGCCCUUGCUGCCAUUAAGUCUGAAUUGAAGACUAAUCUCGGUAUCGAUAAUACCCGUUAUGGUGUUUUGAGUAGCUCUGUGAGCAUCAUCAAUACCGUUUUUCCCAUUCUUGGUGGUAUCUUUAUCGACAUGUUUGGUUCUAUUUGGGGUACCAUCGUCGUCAACAUCUUUGUCAUUAUCGGUAGCUUGUUGACUGCUCUUGGUGCCAAGUACACUUCUUUCCCUCUUAUGGUUGUCGGCCGUGUCGUUUUCGGUAUUGGUAGUGGCUUGAUUGUUACCAUGCAAGAAUCAUUGUUGUCCAAGUGGUUCCGUACACAAAGUUUAUCCAUUGCCAUUGGUUUGCAACUCUCUAUCAGCCGUCUCGCCUCUUUCCUCGGCACAAUCGCUUCCAAUCCUGUCGCCCAAGAAACCGGUGACUGGGUAUGGCCAUUUUGGCUUGCUCUUAUCAUUUGUGGUUUCUCCAUGGUGAUGAACAUCAUUUACGCGUUGGUUGUGCGACAUUUGAGCGGCAAUAACGUCUUGAAUAAGAAUGAUGUGAUGAAACUCAAGGCCAAGAAAUCAUUCAAGCUUCGCUCGGUGGCUCGUUUCCCCUUAUUCUAUUGGGGUAUCAUUGUUAUUGAAUUCAUCUAUGCCGCUGUAUGGUCAUCCUUCCAAACCAUUAGCACUGAACUCAUUCAAGUGCACUUUGGUACUACCGCUGUCCUUGCUGGUUAUAAAGCUAGCGCGUCCCAAGUUGUUCCGAUCGUCGCUACUCCGGUCUUGGGCGUGAUUAUGGAUCUUUUCGGCUGCCGUAUUAUUGUUUUGCUUAUUUCGGCCAUCUUUUUGAUUUUGAGCUGUGCUCUCUUGGGAUGGACCUAUGUCAACGCCGUUGUAGGCAUGGUGUUUUACAGUAUCUCUCUUGCCUUUGGCCCUAUUGCUAUGAUCACCUCUAUUGGUAUGAUCUUGCCAUCCGAUUACAUUGGUACAGGUCUUGGCAUGUACAAGGCAUCCAACAACAUUGGUACCUCGAUUCUCGAUAUCAUCAUUGGUGUUGUACAAGAUAACACUGCCGGCCAAGCUUACACUGGUGUCAUGUUGCUCUACAUUGUCUUGGCUGCCAUUGGUUUUGUCCUUAUUACCAUCUUGUUGGUCACCCAAUACUUCUACCUCAACAACCUUUUGGAAACCAGUCGCACCAAGCGUAUGGCUAUGAUGAAGGAAAAGAACGACGCCGAAGUCGAACGCAUCAAGCAAGGCCACGACUCGUACGAAAACGUUCGCCCCAAGCCUAUCAACUAUGUAUUCAUGGGUCUCUUUUUGGCGGCUUUCAUUGUUGCUUGGGUUCUUUUCUUUGUUUACUCGGCCACUGGACAAGUCGGUCAGUAA